CCGUGGGUGCCCCCCGCCUCGUUUCGCUCCGAGCCGCCGCCGCAGCCUAGCAGCCCCGCCCCGGCCCGGCCCAUGCGGGGCCCCUGGGGCCGGCCGGGACCCCCCCGGCUCUAGCGGGGUCCGGGCCGCCGGCCCCAGCGGGAGGAAGGAGGAAGGACGAGGAGGAGCCGGGGGCCCAGGAGCCGCUGUCUCCAGAGCAGCCGCAGGAGCCGCCGCCGCCGCCGGGAGGAGGGGAGGGGGGAAGGAGGAGGAGGAGGAGGAGGAGGAGGGACGGGACUUGUUGCCCAGAAGUUGAGACUUUCUCACCGGCCGAGCCGGAGCGCGCCCUGCCUGCCCCCGGAGCCAGGGCCACCGCGCCCUGGGCACUCCGGACCCCGCCGCUCUCCCCGAGUCCCGGAAACCCCGCGCAUCCCCCCGGCUCGUUGUUCUUUUCUAGCCCCCCCCCCCCCCCCAGCGGUCGCACCUCGGGCGCCCUCUUUCCUCAGUUUCCCCUUCGAGCUCCGACAGCCGCCCGGAAGAGCCUUAGCUUUCUCCUGCUGGGGAUCCCGAGUCCUACGGGGCUUAGACCCUCUUCUCUUCCCCGAGGCCGGGGCCGCCGCCGCGUGUGCCGCCUCCCACAUGCCGCCCUCGGGGCUGCGGGCGGCGGCUGCCCUGGUGCCGCUGCUGGCCGUCCUCCUGGCUCCGCCGCGGCCGGCUGCAGCCAUGUCCACCUGCAAGACCUUGGACAUGGAGCUGGUGAAACGGCGGCGCAUCGAGGCCAUCCGCGGGCAGAUCUUGUCCAAGCUGCGGCUGGACAGUCCGCCCGCCCAAAGCGAAGUGCCGCCGGGUCCGCUGCCCGACGCCGUACUCGCCCUCUACAACAGCACCCGGGACCGCGUGGUGCCCGAGUCGGUGCCCGAGGCCGAGACCGACUACUACGCCAAGGAGGUCACCCGCGUCCUCAUGCUGCCCCAGAAUCCGGACGUGGAGAAGAGCCCCCACAGCCUCUACUUCCACUUCAACACCAGCCAGCUGCAGGAAGCGGUCCCUAACCCAGCUCUGCUUUCCAGAGCCGAGCUGCGGCUCAUGAAGACCAAGUCGGCCGAGGAGCAGCAUGUGGAGCUCUAUCAGAAACACGGCAACGGCUCCUGGCGCUACCUGACGAGCCAGCGAGUGCGGGCGAGCCAGAGCAUGGAGUGGCUGUCCUUUGAUGUCACCAAUGUGGUGCACGAGUGGUUGAGCAGCAAAGAAAAGACGGAGACCUUCCGCCUGAGCGCGCACUGCUCCUGUGACCAGAAGGACACCCAGCUGCACAUGGAUGUGAGCGGUCUGAACAACCUGCGGGGCGACAUGGGCGUGAUUCACAACCAAAACCGGCCCUUCCUGCUGCUGAUGGCCACCCCGCUGGACCGCGCGCAGAACUUGCACAGCUCCAGGCGCCGAAGGGCCCUGGACACCGACUACUGCUUCAGCUCCACGGAGAAGAACUGCUGUGUCCGGCAGCUCUACAUCGACUUCCGCAAGGACCUGGGCUGGAAGUGGAUCCACGAGCCCAAGGGCUACCAUGCCAACUUCUGCCUGGGGCCCUGUCCCUACAUUUGGAGCCUGGACAACCAGUACAGCAAGGUCCUGGCUCUCUACAACCAGCACAACCCCGGGGCCUCGGUGAACCCGUGCUGUGUGCCCCAGGCCCUGGAGCCCUUGCCCAUCGUCUACUAUGUGGGCCGGAAGCCCAAGGUGGAGCAGCUCUCCAACAUGAUCGUCCGCUCCUGCAAGUGCAGCUGAGACCCCCGCCCCAUUCCCGGGGAUCCCCCGGCAGGCCCGGCCCCCUCCCUUUCCCCCUCCCCCCAGCUGGCCCCUUAUGGGAGGGGAAGGGGGACCUGGCCUGGGGGGGUCGUGUGGUAUUUAAAGGCCACCCGGACCCCAACCUCCCUGGGGCCCGAUUAAAGGUGGAGAGAGAA